AUCACGCACUUUUCAAAUUUAUACGCCAUAUUGAAAUUUUUUAUUUCAUUUCCCCCCUUUUUUCUUUACUCUGUUAUAUAUAUUUACGAUGGUGUGCUUCCCAUACCAUACCCUAAUGUAGCUUUUCUGAAUUGAAAUUCCAAACGUCGACAAAUUUGAUUGUUUUGCUAAUACCGUUUGUGCUUUAUUCUUUUUCGACAUUCUUCGUUAAUUCAAAGUAUUGAAUUUAUUAGAUUAUUUCUGCAUUCGAAAUAUGGCCAAAUUGCUGAUAUUUUUUAUAACUUCGCAAUACAUUGCGGUGUGCUACAGCCAUUGUUGGCUGGCGUGUACAGAUUACGCAGAAAAGAAUGCGAGAUACUACGAUCAUAAGUUGUGUCGUGGAUAUGCAAGAUCAGCUAUUCGUUUCGCACCCAGAGGUGGUGAAUUUGGACUGGAUAAAAGUUAUAACCACAGUCCAAUUGAAAAUGCCCCAUGCAGGACAAAGAGAAAUGAUUCGACUGAAUACAAUAAGGAACAUCCUAUGGCAGUGUACUAUCCCGGUCAACAAGUUGUCCUAGCCCAUCCUAUGAAAAAUCAUGGAUCGGAUUGGUGUUCUAAUAUGUACAUACCAGACAAAGGAUCCGUUAUUUAUCGGGGCGAUAGGAAUGAUGGAGCUGAUCUUACAUUUAGCGGGUUCCGCAACAAUCUCGUCGCGGAUCUUGGUGAAAAAGAUCCCCCAGUCAUGGGAUCAACUAAACAUCACGUUUAUCCAAAGCCUGUAUACCAAAACGCGCCUGCAUUUUGUGAAAAUAUGGACAAGUCAUUGGGAACGUACAGCUUCAACGUUCCAAAGAAUCUGAUCCCAGGUCAAUACACAUUCAUGUGGGUAUGGGCAUUCAACAGCUUUGAAGAAAUAUAUUCAUCAUGCUUUGAAGUGAAAAUUGUUAGAACGUUAAAACAGAGAAAUGUACAACUCGCUAAAAACGGAUUUAAGAAUUUUUACGAACCCUGUGGUGGAAAAACCUCCAAUUUUAGUAUUCGAGGGAACACAAAUCCAGGGUGUCGUGGAUAUAAAAGAAUAAAGUCACAGAGAAAACCGAAAAUGAGUUUGCAGACAAGAAAACCAACAACACACAGUAUUACUGUCACUGUAAGACCAGUCAUCACUUUGCCUCCACAAAUUCCUAUUGAAGUACAAACAGGAGAAAUGAGAGGGAAGGUGGUACUGCCGACACCUAGACCCGGUAUAAAAAGAAGAUAUAUCACCUUCAGUUGGUAUUGCCCAGCUGUGGCUAAUUUCUCCAAUGCUCGCGUUGUCAGUGCAAAAAAUCACGGGAGCAUAAGAGGACAACAAAGUGUCAGAAUUGUCUACAGUCUUAUACAGGACGAAAUCAACAUUAACAAGGCUGAAAUAUUUUAUCAUGUACAGUUUGUUCCAUUUUGCAAUACCAGGAAGUAUAAGCUAAAAGCAGAGCUGAUCAGAGAAGAAUAAUUGUGGAUUAAGUACAGCAUAAAAAUGGAAUAUUAUGCCAAACGCGUUUAUAUUUUUUAAUUUUGUAUAUAUAUACAUGUUUGGUGGAAACUGACUUUGAUUUAUAACAGAAAGAUGUUGACUUUGUAUCA